AAUGAUGUCAUUGAAGACUGAAGGCCCAGUCUCUUCAUGGGUGUUGGUCUACCUGAACAGAGUAGCUCUCCAAAAAGGAUCCAAGUAUACCGUAGACAAGGAUGAUACCCCGCUGCACAGUCUUGAUCCUUUCGUUUCUGCUCCUGUCGCAAGAAACGUUUGGAUUGUCAUCUUUGCCGCUACUGGCCCCCUCUGUUGAUGCUGUCACUGCCCCCAGCAAUUAUUGGGAUCGAAGGAGUUUUCUGGGAACAAUAACCUCUGGUGGUCUGAUACUUUUUCUCCUACCGCCGUCUAUUGCCAAUGCGGCUCCUCCUCGUUCCGUCGAUGUGGGUGGCGGUGUCGAUGUCGCCAUUGAUACUCGCAACACGGUGUUGUCGGAUCCGUCCAAUCUCGUGUUUCCCGCGUCCAUGAAAGGACGGUAUGCCUGCCAACGCACCGUGGUCGCAGUCGAUGGAGACAUGUACCAGGCGCAGAGUGCCUGGAAAGCCUUGGGAGGUGGCAAGGGCAACUUUUUUGGUGGAAAUACAGUUCCGGAAUCCUACGAAACACAACUGAUUCCAAUGAUGAUAGCCAACAACAACGGUGGUGACAACCCACAGUUCACAGUGGUGGAUCGAGGGUAUGAACUUGCCUCUCGAACGGCAAUCAGUCGGGAUGCUGUGCAAUGGAAAGUAGACCAACCCAACAGGAUCACCACGGCAGCCAACAACAAUAAUGUCGAGUUGGUAGUCAUUCAGCGCUCUGUAAUAACGCCCAAUCCAGAACAGGGGAUUUUGGCGGGAGGACAAGAACUGAUACGCAUCACGGAAGGUCCCUUUGUUCGAGCCGUCCUGAUUAAACAGCGAUUUCGACAAGCUGGCGACGGUGUCGUGGAAGGAUUGGAAGUCGUGAAAACGUAUCGCGUCCUGGAUGGGAUUGCAGGUACCGAGUUUCCCACCUCUACCACAAAGUCCACUUUGAGAUGGACCAGAAUAGGGCCUCUACAACAAGAGGAAGUGGUGGACGCCAAAUAUGUCUCUUCGUCGUCUCUGUACUUUGAUGGGAGUAAUUGGUACUAGUACUUUUGAUGUGCUAUUGUGUUAAUGAAAUAGCUAGCUAUGAAGUUAUAGUAGUACCAUUUUCGAUAUA